AUGCUUGAAAUCAACGGACUUGCGCAACUUCUCUCUCUCAUCCGCGAGAAUAAUGUUCUCGUUGUCUGCUUCUACGCCGACUGGUGUGGGCCGUGCCAGAUGGUGAAGCCACGGUAUGCCGCGCUGAGCGAGAACUACACCGUCGUGACGUUCUGCAGGUGCAACAUUGACCGCAACCGUGACUGUGCAGAGCGGUUCGGUGUGCAAAGUAUCCCGACUUUUAUGGUGUGGGCAGGUGGCGAGCUGCAGACGACCAUCAAUGGAGGCAAGUUGGAGGCACUGGAAAGGUUUAUUGAGCGUACGAUCGAGAUGCACCAUCCCUCAGCAGCAGCAGCAGCAGCAGGCAGCAGUGGCAAUGCGGCCGCCGUGCACAUUGCACUUGCACAGCAAAUGGAGUCAUUGACGCGGGCAGUUACCACCGCAAAAUCUGGCGGAGUAACGACAGCAGAGAUAUCGGCUGCGUGCGAGGCCGUGUGUCAGACACUUGAGCAGGACUCCGAGUCCCGUCCGUUAGGCAUUCUGUUGCUUCCAUACUUUGCUUCUACUUACUUUAGCGCUUCGACAGUCGAUGCACUGUUUGCGCACAUCGCUGCGAGGCCGGAGCCGCGCUGCCACGAUGUUGAGUACAUCGUCAACACCCUACUGGGCCACCUCAUUGAAUACUUCCUCUCCACCACGCUGAGCAAGACAAAGGAGCUGGGCAUGCUGCGGCAGGUGUUAUACGCCCUUGUGUCUUGCAACUCCGUCCUCGGUCCUCUUGUUCGCUCACAUUUCUUCUACAAUGACUUGCUGGCCAACGGCCUGCAGCUGGAGUACGGCACUGUGCUGGGCGCUAUGCUCGGUGUCUGCCCGUACAGCCGUGGAUAUCGCCCAUUCCCACCGUACUCACGCACAGUGGAGUGGGAGCAGCUCAUGAUGAUGUUCCCCAGAGACACUGAUGACCACUUCAGGAAGAUUUCAGAGCUACAGCUAUGCAUGGAGGCAACGUGUGCAGAAAACAAGCGCAUUGUGCUUGCGCUGCUGCAUGCCAAAAUUUCCCGCGAGCCGACGCUGCGUUUUAUUGGUGCGGCGCUUUGGCUCAACGCGAGCUAUAGCAAGACCGUGCACCACCACCUGCCCCUUUCCUCACGCUACUUUAUGGUUCAACUGAACGACGUGCUGGUGGAGGCGACGCUCCCUCUCUUUGGUAAAAGCUUCGACCCACGCGCGAUACCCACAUGCUACGUGCUGAGAGAUACAGGUGAUCACACGCUUGUGGACUUUGGCGAUGACGUGGAGCGCAUCACGCACUACGACGAAAGCCGCCCGCUGCCGCUGUUCCCCGCGAUGCAGGAGCCGUUCAAGCCGUCGGUACAUCUCUUCUUCCUCGCCGCCCGCUCCAUGAUGCUGAGCGCGACGGUGCUCAUCGAGACGCACGAGCGUGACGAGCACGACGCAGCUCACCCGCGCGUGCCACCGGAGCAGCGCAUGGCGUGCGUCGCGGAGAAGAGCCUUAUUGAAGGGCUGCUUGGCGCCGAGAGCCUCGGUCGCAAGCGCGUGCAGGUGCUCAAUGGCAUUGCCGCGUGGCUCAUCAGCGUCAUGAACGCCGCGCCUGACGGCACACUUGCGAAGGAGCCGUCGGAGGAGUGGCAAUACCUGCCGCAGCAGCUGGUGGACGUUGUGAUUGGAGCUGUGCGGCUUGCACCGCUGAAUUACUUUGACGUGGAGAAUAUCAUUUCCCUCAUGCUAGUGCUGAUGGGCAACACAACGUACUUCCCCAAGCCACACACACACGCGCUCUUCCCCGCCUUUCUCGCCCGCCUGAUGCAGGACGAGGAGACGAAGCGUGCCCUGACGUCACACCGGUGGUUCACGCAGCACAUCGUCCGCAGCUGUGUCCUCUGCUACAUUGCCGUGGAGAAGUCGACGUACGAGAAAGUGACGGUGCGUUACACCCUUUCCUUCUGCACGAAGUCUUUCCUCAUGUUUGAGUCGCUAUGCCAGCCGGUGCGGGAGGAGUUCGAGGUGGAUGGCACCAUUCUGGAGCGUUUCUCACACAUGGUGACUGCCGAUGUCAAUGAGGCAGUCGAUCAGCUCAUCGAGACACUUAUUCAGAUGAACCGCCUCGUGAAGGAAGGCGCAGAUCUUAGCGAGGGGGCCCGCGCACCACACAACAACAACAACAACGCCAACGUUGCUGGUGCUAGUGUCGCACCGGCGAGAGGUAACGCAAACAACAACAACAACACCAGGAACAAUGAUGAAAAUGAAGAGGAAGAAGACGAGGAUGAUAGCAACGAUGGUGGUGAACCGCCAAUGACCUACCAUCAGUUGGGUCUCGGGCUGCGGCAGCACAUCCUCCUGUUCCAGGCAAGCGUGGACCUCUUCAUUCAGCUUGCCGAGAGUUUCUCGAAAGGCGUGGCGCAGAACAUGGUGGUGCAGCAGAUUGCCCAGAUGCUGGCACGCAGUCUCGUUAGCUUUGCCGGCGCGGAAAACAAGAACCUGAAGAUCGAGCACCCCGAACGGUAUAACUUCCGCGCACGCGAAAUCCUCAGCCGCCUUGUCGAGUGCUUUGCCCGGUUCCAAUGCUUUGAGAACUUCAUGCGGGCGCUGUGCAACUGCGGCCUACCGCUGCAUGACAUCCUGCAGGCGAUGCGCACCGUCGUGGACCGUGGGCUGGUGGGCGAGAACCUCAUCUGGAAGCUCAAUGACAUCGCCCAGUCUCUCGAGGAAAUGUCACAGAAGGUCCGCGACGACGAGGCGCUGUGGGACGAGGCGCCAGAGUUCGCACUCGACGCGCUGCUGUCGACGCCGCUGCUGCGCCCUGUGGCACUCCCCGCCGACGUGAAGGACCUCGACGACCUCGUGUACGUCAACCACGAUACCAUCCACCACGUGCUGCUCUCAGAGAGUAAGCACCCCUUCACGAAGGAGUACCUUGACGAGAAGAUGGUGGAGGAGUUCAACGCACGCGCGGACGUGACGCAGGCGCGACAGAAGCUACAGGAGCGCAUCGCCGCGUGGCUGAAGGAUGCGAAGCAGAACCGUUAG